GGAGAGAGAAAACUCCUGGAGGAAAAAAUAAGGAGAUGUCAACAGACUGAAAAGAUGUUUUCAGAAGCAUAGAGUCUUCAGAAAGAUACUGGAGUUCAUGAGAUCUCAAGGUACAUGUGACAGCGCUGCAGCUAUGAGUGGAAUUUUAAAGAGGAAGUUUGAAGAAGUUGACGGCUCCUCACCCUGCUCUUCUGUGCGGGAAUCAGAUGAUGAAGUUUCCAGCAGUGAAAGUGCUGACAGUGGGGACAGUGUCAAUCCAUCCACCUCGAAUCAUUUUCCCCCUUCCUCCAUCCUCAAAAGAGAGAAGCGGCUAAGGACAAAGAAUGUGCAUUUUAGUUGUGUCACCGUGUACUACUUCACCAGGAGGCAGGGCUUCACGAGCGUGCCCAGUCAAGGGGGCAGCACCUUGGGCAUGUCCAGCCGCCAUAACAGCGUGCGACAGUACACUCUUGGUGAAUUUGCAAGAGAACAAGAGAGGCUCCACCGGGAGAUGUUGAGAGAACACCUCAGGGAGGAAAAGCUGAACUCUUUAAAACUGAAGAUGACCAAGAAUGGCACAGUGGAAUCUGAAGAAGCCAGCACUCUUACCGUGGAUGACAUUUCUGAUGAUGAUAUUGAUUUAGACAACACAGAGGUAGACGAGUACUUCUUUCUACAACCCCUGCCGACGAAAAAAAGGAGAGCACUGCUGCGGGCCUCGGGGGUGAAAAAGAUUGAUGUAGAAGAAAAGCACGAGCUGCGCGCCAUCCGCCUGUCGAGAGAGGACUGUGGCUGCGACUGCCGAGUAUUCUGUGAUCCAGAAACGUGUACCUGCAGCCUGGCAGGCAUUAAGUGUCAGGUGGAUCGAAUGUCUUUCCCAUGCGGCUGCACUAAAGAAGGAUGUAGUAACACAGCAGGUAGAAUCGAAUUUAAUCCGAUCCGUGUCCGGACUCACUUUUUGCACACGAUCAUGAAACUUGAACUGGAGAAAACCCGGGAGCAGCAGAUCCCCACGCUGAACGGCUGCCACGGUGAGAUAAGCGCUCACAGUAGCUCCAUGGGCCCCGUCGCGCACUCGGUGGAGUAUUCCAUCGCAGACAAUUUCGAGAUUGAGACGGAGCCCCAGGCCGCCGUGCUGCACCUGCAGUCGGCAGAGGAAUUAGACUGCCAAGGGGAGGAGGAGGAGGAGGACGAGGAGGAGGAGGAGGAGGAGGAGGACGGCAGCAGCUUCUGCAGCGGAGUCACCGAUUCCAGCACGCAGAGCCUGGCGCCUAGUGAGUCAGAUGAGGAGGAGGAAGAGGAGGAGGAGGAGGAAGAGGAGGAGGAGGAGGAGGACGACGACGACGACGACGAGAAAGGGGACAGCUUCGUGGAAGGCUUGGGCACCCAUGCGGAAGUCGUCCCGCUCCCUUCCGUCCUUUGUUACUCCGACGGCUCGGCCGUCCACGAAGGGCACGCGAAAAAUGCUUCUUUUUAUGCCAACUCUUCAACUCUGUAUUACCAAAUCGAUAGCCACAUUCCAGCAACGCCUAACCAGAUCUCUGAGAGCUAUUCGGAAAGAGAUCCCGUGAAAACAGGUACCCUGUCGCUGGUGCCUUACACCAUGACCCCGGAGCAGUUUGUUGACUAUGCCCGGCAAGCUGAAGAGGCCUACGGCGCCCCCCACUACCCAGCCGCCAACCCCUCUGUCAUCGUUUGCUGCUCCUCUGCAGAAAGUGACAGCGGUGUGCCCUGCAAUAGCUUAUAUCCCGAACCCAGGUCCAAUCAUCCUCAAGUGGAAUUUCACUCAUACUUGAAAGGCCCCUCCCAGGAAGGGUUUGUCUCCGCGUUGAAUGGUGACAGUCACAUUUCAGAGCACCCUGCAGAAAAUUCUUUGAGCCUGGCAGAAAAGAGCAGGUUGCACGAAGAGUGCAUCAAAUCACCCGUGGUUGAGACCGUCCCCGUUUAGUAGCUCAAAUGCUCCUAGGACCACCCCUUCUCUUACUGAAAGCCCAGUAUUUCAUUCGCUUUCCUGGGCCCGUGGUUGUUUAAACUGAGGACCAAGAACACCCGGACUGCGGUGAAUCUUCCAGACUGCAUUUCGUUUUCUCCUUUCUAGCUACGUGAACUGUGGCGUUGCACAAAUACGGUCUCUAUGAGGAUUUUAAAAGAUUUCGGACUGUUUUGAUAGAAAAAUGCUAAUUUUAAAAAAGCAUAGCUCACAGUUGCCUACCUGUCAAACUGUGUGAAACCUGCCAAGCUGUGUAGAUCAGAGCUCCAAGUUUUGGAUUAUCGGGCCUGUGCAAGAUUGCUAACUGAGACUGGGAAGUAAUAAGAUUUAGAGUCCUAAUUUUCGAUAAAUCUGAAGAUGAUGGUGACCUUUUAAUGUAAAAGUAAUUAUUGUAAGAAAAAGAUUUAAUCGUUCCAUGUGUAUUUUAUUUAUGGUAGUUAGAAGUCACGUUUUGAUGAAAAUGAACAGCAGCAUGUUCCUUUAAGCUGAAGACGCAGAGUUAGUACCACCGCGCAUGCCCAUGUGGAUUGCGUCUGGAGCCCCUUCACGUUUUUAUGAUCCUGAGUGAUCAGAUUUGCAAAUACUUUCUUAAGGGUGAAAUAGGCCUAUUUUUGCUAUUUUGGACAAAUAAAUGAGUCUAUAUGUG